GAAGUGGCGACGCUGGCGUCCCAGGAGGCGGCGGGCGGUGACAGCCCGGGCGCGGACGCCCUCGGCGCGGGCUGGGGCAUCACCAAGGGCCUCGACCCCGAAAUGGCGCUGCUGGCCGAGCACCUGCUCAAGCCGCUGCCCGCAGACCGGCAGAUCGAGACCGGGCCCUUCCUGGAGGCGGUGGCCCACCUGCCGCCCUUCUUCGAUUGCCUUGGGUCCCCGGUGUUCACGCCCAUUAAGGCAGACAUCAGUGGUAACAUCACGAAGAUCAAAGCCGUAUAUGACACUGACCCGGCCAAGUUCAAGACCCUGCAGAACAUCCUGGAGGUGGAGAAGGGGAUGUAUGGAGCAGAGUGGCCCAAAGUGGGGGCCACGCUGGCACUGCUGUGGCUGAAAAGGGGCCUGCGCUUCAUCCAGGUGUUCCUGCAGAGCAUCUGCGAUGGGGAACGGGAUGAGAACCACCCCAACCUCAUCCGGGUAAACGCCAACAAGGCCUAUGAGAUGGCCCUAAAGAAGUACCACGGCUGGCUGGUGCAGAAGAUCUUCAAGGCAGCCCUGUAUGCAGCGCCCUACAAGUCUGACUUCCUGAAGGCACUCUCCAAGGGGCAGAACGUGACGGAGGAGGAGUGCCUGGAGAAGAUCCGCCUCUUCCUGGUCAACUACACGGCCACCAUCGACGCCAUCUAUGACAUGUACACCAAGAUGAACGCGGAGCUUGACUACACAGUGUAGGCACCCGGACACACACCCCCAACGCGGGAGCAAGCAACCCGGAAUCACUGUGAAUCAAGCUGGGGUCCCCAGCUCAGCCGCCAGGCCAGCCUGGGUCUGCAGGGGGCAGCCUCAGCUUAUUAGAGAGCAUUUGUUUUUUUGGUUUUUGUUUUCUUGGCCUAUUCUAAUGGAGCAAUAAACACCUUCCACUCACUCCAGCUUCCCAGCAGCUCAGGCUGAGCACACCUUCCUUCCAGUGUGGUCAAAAUCAACUAACCUCGCUAACGAUCGAUUCCUAGGGUUUUGUCUUUUCCUCCCCCACCCAGCUCAGGAGAAACCCAGCUCAGGGGAGACAUACACCUCACCCAGCCAAGAAGUCUGCUCCUUCUGGCCCAAGGAUGUCUUAGGUGUUCGGAGGACAACAGAUCUGCCUGGAAGUCAACAGGUCCCUAUUGUGGCAGCUGCUUGAAAGCAAGCUGGCAGGAGUCCUCACGGCUCCCACAUCUGGCAUUACCAGCCCUGUUCUCUCUCUCUCUCUCUCUCUUGCUGUCUUCUGUCAGACAGGUUUUGCUUUUUUUAAAAGCCGAAAUGUACCAGCAAGCCUUUUCAGACAUUGACUGGGCACACACAGGUGGCCAUACGUGACUGCAUUUGCAUGUUCCACAUAAUUAUUUUCUUCAGGGUUGGCUCUUCCAACCUAAGAACCUGCCUGUCAUGGGAGCUUCCAGCCCUGGAGACCCAAGAAACUGCCUUGCUGCCUUAACUGUCUUUCUGGCGCUAAAGGAGAUGUAUUUUUUAAAGUAUUGGGGUAAACACACCCUAAAAGAAUUGAUGUAUGUUAAAGAAAAAAAAAACCCAAUGAGGAACAAUUGGUGAUUUUUAUGCAGAAACUAAAUAAUCCUUAAUAAAUAAAUCUCUAUUUUGAAAUCA